AUCAUCUUACAAAAUCCCCAUCGAGAAAAAAAAACUACAUCCCCUGCCUCUGUCUCUAUCUUCUCUGGAGUGAAUGGAGAAAAGCGAGGGCUCAAUGGCCGAGCAGGACGCGGCGGAGGAAACCCAGCACCACCUCAUCCUCCCUUCCGGCUUGACUCAGAACGAGUUCGACGAGUUGAAGAGCUUCGUAAACGAGUUCCACAAGUAUCACGUGGGCCCCGGAAAAUGCUCUUCCCUACUCGCGCAACGCGUGCACGCGCCGCCCAACACCGUGUGGUCGGUGGUGCGGCGCUUUGACCAGCCCCAGGCCUACAAGCACUUCAUCCGGAGCUGUAACGUCGAGGAAGGGUUUAAAAUGACCGUCGGGUGCACCAGGGACGUCAAUGUUAUCUCAGGGCUACCGGCUGCCACCAGCACCGAGCGCCUCGACUUACUCGAGGAAGACCGCCAGGUCACCGGUUUCAGUAUCAUCGGGGGCGAGCACCGCCUCAGGAAUUACCGGUCUGUCACUACCGUGCAUGGGUUUGACCGUGACGGGAGGAUCUCGACCGUUGUUUUGGAAUCUUACGUCGUCGAUGUACCCGAGGGGAAUUCCGAGGAGGACACGCGUCUCUUCGCUGAUACUGUUGUCAAGUUGAACCUCCAGAAGCUGGCGUCGGUGACGGAAGGGAUGGCGGGUGACGGUGGGCGCUAAAUCUCAGGUGAUGUGAGAAAAUUUCACACGGAUUAACAAAAAAAAUGGAACGGAAAAGUUUUUAUUUUUAUUUUUAUUUUUAAUUUGUGCUUUCUUCUGGACUUUCUAUUUUAUUUUUUAAAAACUUUGUAAAAAUUCGCCUCUCUUAAUCCCCAAAGUAUCCUUGGUUUUAAUGGAUUGACCGGGAUGCCAUGCUUGGUUAAGUUGGAAUGUGAGGACAGGUUAAGGGCAUUUCUGUCAAUGCGUGUGUACAGAAAGGUCAAACCCAAUGUGAAUAUUUAAUUUGCCAUUAGAAUGUUUUUUCGUGGCCAGUUUU